AUGCCGCCGCUCCGCCCCGCGCCCGACCCGGCAGCUCCUACCGCGGGCGAGCAGCCUCCGCCGGCGCCGGGGAGCUCCGAGGGCGGGGGCGCGGGCGGGCGGUACGGGGCUUGCACCUGCGGCAGCCGGAGCGACUUGGCGAGACGCUAUUUGGGGCCGGGACCGGGCUCCUCCCCCCUCCUUUCGGGCCGCCCCGUGGCCCCGCCCCAGACCGACCCUUUUACUCCAGGACCGCCCCCUUCUCCGUUGGUUGCUGAGAAAACCCGGAAGGGUGGACUCUCAACACCUGCCGAUCCCGGCGGCUCCGGUGCCCCCUGGGCCCGUUCCGCCGCCGGGUCAGGGCCGGCUCACCAGGAGCGAGGCGUCUCUGAGCCGCUCCCAUCCUCUCCCCUCCUUCUUCCCGUCCUUGGCAAACCGAGCAAAGUAGCACCUCCGACCCCCGGCCCCGAGCUGGGACCUGCAAAGUGGGUCAGGACUGGACUGAGCAUGCUCCGGACGGGGCCGGGAUGCCGCACGCGGCUGCCUGUCGUUGCCCGAGGUGGAUGGAGCUGCGCCCCCCUCACGACACUGAAGACAAUUCACUGCGUCUCCUGUCCACCUCUCUUCAAAUUCUCAGAGGAUCAGCAGAAUGCUCUCGUGCUAUCUUAAACAGGCUUGAGGCAGGUGGGGGAAACUUGCUUUUAACGCUCUGUCACAGAAGAGAAGACUGAAUUGGAGAAAGAUUACAGGAAAGAGGUUUUACAGGCUUGAGGUGAAUAAACCCAAGAACCCAGAGAGAGCCUUGCACUGAGCCCAGGCAGGUCAGUAGAUGGAUGUCCGUAUUCUGUCUGAAGAGGAAGAAACUAGACAGAUGGGUCAGCUGCCCAGUGACGUUUGGUAUGAGAGUGGGAGAUACCCUCACUAAGAGUUGGCUUCAUUUCGACCUCUCCCUCUCAUCCAGCCCAGGUUCAGCUUCAGCAUGAUUGGAGACACCAUCUUUAGUGGAAGGUCACCCCUGGGAAGAGCUUGUGUUCCCCCUAGGCUCUGACUUGUGUUGGGUCACCCUCAUCCCUUGGCUUUGAGACUCCAUUGCUCUUGGUACUUCCUGAGCACUGCUCUUGAUCCCUAUAGACAUCUACACUGCAAAUUUCUGGCUGAGGAAAAGAUGGGUAAGACAUUUCUUUAAUAGUUCAUACUGCCUUUCCUUCUCAUCUGAAGCUUCCUGGUCCCCAGUUUUUCUUAGUUUUCUUGUCUUUCUGAUGGUUCUCAUCUUUGGUUCUCAUCUUCUCAUCUUUGUUCUCCAGGUUCAUUUCCUUUGCACCACCCUAUCCUAAGUGUUCUGUCCUGUGGCACCUUCCCUUCUGCUUUCCCUUCUGCUCUUCCCAUCCGAUGACUGUCACUAGCAAGGUGGUGUUCAGUUGAUGUGUGCACAUGAGGCUGUGAUAGCUGUUAAUUGCUGCAAUUCUUUCUGGUCCAUCAGGCACCUAUUCUGAUUGGCCCAUGUCUAUGCCUGACCAUUUGUCUCUACUGAUUAUUAAUAUUUUUGAAUAUUUUAUUUGCCCCAGAUAUUAUACUCCUCUCCAAAUCUCCCUGAGUUCAGACUCUUAUAUGUAAUCUACCAAGUAUCUUAAUGGCUGUGACCCUUAGGAAACUGGAGCCCAAUAUGUCGCAAACAGAAUUCAUGUGCUAUAGCUGCUCUUCUACUUACAUGUCCUAACGUGGUUACUGGUACUCCCACCUUCUCAGUUCUGCACACCACAAAUGCGGAUGCUAUCCUCGAUUCACCCAUCUGCCUUUCCUUUGUCAUCCAGCUGGUCACUGGUACUGUCCACCCUGCCCUGAGACAUCUCUGCAAAUGGACCGUCCACCUGCACUGCCUUCUUAGGCCCAUCAUCUCUUCCAAAUGAAUCUUCUCCUUCUGUAUUUCCUCCAAUCCAAUCUCCAUGCCUCCUCAGACUUUUCUUUUUAAGCAAAUUAUAUUUUAGUGUCUUUGCUGAGCCCUUAGAGUACGGGUUCUUAGUGCCUUCAGGAUAAAGUCCAAGUUUGAAGCAUAGACUGGUCCCUGUUUCCCUCUCCAGAUUAGUCUCCAGCCGGUGUCUGCUGGUGUCCCAUUUCCUAGCCAAUCUGUACUACUUGCUAUGCAUAUUCAUGCCUCCAUGUUCCUUUAGUUUUUCUGUUCCUCUUUCCUCUUGUUCACCCCUUGGCAACUGUUAAGCCUUCAGGGUCCAGUUCAGGCUGGGUCCCCCGUGACUUCCUCAAGAUGACCUCCUCCUGAAUACUUCAACUGUAUACCUUGUACUUUGUCUUCAUUUUGACACCUAACCUUGGUUUAUUUAUUUAUUUUUUUAACUUCUCCACUACAUUGUAUGCAAUGUGACAGCAAGGGCUUGUCUUGAUAUCUUUGUAUCUUUGUGUUCAGUAACAUUUUACCUAAUAAAUGAAUGAU